AUGGACCAGUCCACAACAGCUGCAAAGAAGAAGAGGCGCCAGAAUGUCGCUUGCGAUGCGUGCAAGCUACGAAGAGUCAAGUGCGAUCUCUCCGCCAUGCUCCAGCCGCCCGCUCCAGCCGACCCCUCCGUACUCGGCUCACCACAGCCAAGCUCUUCUACCGCACCCUCGCUUGCCGAUCUCGUGCGGCGUAACCCAGGCGUGGAGUGCACCCAAUGCAAGAAUAAAGGAAUCAGGUGCUCGACGGCUCAGAUUCUCAACCCAACAAGACCAAACAAGGGCGGGCGGCGCAUUGAUGAGGCCAAAAAGGCGUUUGGUCGAGACGAGGUCAACCAGAAUCAUCGAGAAGAGACGGACCCUCUGAACGGGAGGGUGGAAUCCUCAGCAAACAACUCUUUCUUACGCUCUCAAUCCGAUUGGGCUCAUAGCCUACUGUCAACAUAUGGCGUGUUUGCUCCCAACAACGAUACUCCCCCCAGCCACAAUACCCUAGCCUUUUCUGAAAUGUCUUCUUUACGAGCUACACAGGCCGACCUUGACAGUCAGAACAACGUGCUCCCAGGCUUCGCUACGGGGACCAGCGCUCCCAACCACAGCUCGCUACUUUCAUCGUAUCGAAGCUCGGCAGAACCCUCGUGGUAUGACUCUUCUUCCAGGUCGGCGAGCAUCCCGCCGAUGUGGCAGCAGCCGCCUCAUUAUUACCAUUCAGAACCUUUGGUAGAUCCUAAUGCCACCCGAGAAGCUUCUCUACUUUCAGAGCCUCGCGAAACUGGUCACAUCGACUACGCACAGCCAACUACAAUAACUCCUUUCUCUGGAACAGGCAUGACCAGCGGUGUCGGCCUGUACCCCAAUGGUCUUGGUCUCUUUCCACAUAGUCUUUCGGGCGCAUUCGACCACCAGGCCCGUCAUCUUACUGUGUUACCUGCCGAACAUCCUCUCCCGAGGGCCCCUGACGACAGCUCUCACAUUUCCUGA